CCAAUCACCGAAGGAGAAAUUAAUUCCGCCUUCGGGAUUUCGGAAUUUAUCGGAUUUCAACCACCAUUACCUUCAAGAAAGCUAUCAAAUACUCCUUCAAUCUCUAGUGCCAGUUCAAAUAGUAAUGAUUCAUUAGCACCACAAACACCACCAAGACCAUUUUCAUCAACAAACUCAAGUACUACUUCAUUUACAAAAUCAGUAGCUGAAAAUCAUACAGAUAAUUCUGAAAAGGCAAAGAUAACAACACAAGAUCAAUCAGUAAAAGUUGUACAACAAGGAAUAUCUAAUAACUUUUCUCAACUUAAAGGGGAAUUUGAAAAAUCUCCAUAUGGUAAUAAGAAAAUUUCUGCUAUAAAAUCCUCACAAUCACCACCACCAUUGCCCUCAAGAAAAAAUCUUGGAUUAAGUACUGAUUCAGAAAUCAAAAUUCCACAUAGACCACUUCAAUACAGUGGUAUUCCAUCAGAUGCAAAAAAACGAUAUGAACUAGUUUUUGAUUCUAAUAAAGAAGAAGAUCUUAUUGAUGCUGCUGUAGUUAGAGAAAUAUAUAUAAGGAGCAGAUUAAACAACAAGACUUUAUAUAAGAUAUGGGAUCUUUUGGAUACUGAUAAAGAUGGAUAUUUAAAUAGAAACGAGUUUUGUAUAGGAAUGUUUUUGAUUGACAAAAGACUUGAAGGAGACCCAGUUCCUGAUAAGUUGCCAAAAGAACUAUUAUAG